ACUCUACGCGGCCAGCUGUGACAAGUACGCACUGAGUUUCCACUUGGAAUGGAUUUCCUGAGCAAGGCGAUACCAACGCGAACGGUGACCAUGGUUCACACUCCCACAACUGCGCCCCCGGCAUCGACCAGCCCACCCAUCGUCGAACUCCUCCGCUUCGCGUCGUCCUCGUUCAGCGUCGUCGCGACCUUCGCUCGCCGCUCCCUCAGCUAUGCAAUCAGCAAGCCUCUGUGGACGGCGCUCGCCGUGCUAUAUCACCCUCUCUCGUACCUGCUCGCCCCCUUUUUUGUGUUUCUGAACGUUCUGCUGGACGCGUUCAUCUUGACGCCAUACGCGGUGGUCAAGGCCAUCGCAGUGAACGUCUACCCAAUCUAUGUAUUCCUCGGUGCGAGCCUGCUCUGCGCCGCCUGCAUUGGUCUCGGAGCGCGUCUGUGGGUCCGGGCAAUCCGCUAUACGAUCUUCGGGCCAAAGCCUGCGAGUCGCGCAGCGCAUCCUCCAGCGAGACCGAGAAAACGCGUGUCCAUAAAGGAGGAGGCAAGAUAGUUUGUGCUGCGGGGAUGCUCUAGCAUUGUGGUUGCAUCGCUUGUUGCUGAUGCACCAGGUCGGAGUACCAAGUGGUCCAGCCAGCAUGCCCUGGUCCUUACGUCGCCACGGGGGAUGUGUUCAGCGCACGCGGGGAGCUGUAUUCUGACGCU